UCACUGAACAUACAAACACACACACACACAUAAACAGCCCGGCCUGGACGUUGCAUCCUAAAAGAAAGCCCACACAUGUCCGCCGCCGGGUUACCGCACCAGCAGAGGAAGGCACCGGCGCGGAAACGUGACGUCAGCACCGGGGCAGCGAGCAAACGACAGCUGAAAGGCCAGAGCGCCGACAUGGGGAAAAAACACAAGAAGCACAAAGGGGACAAACACGGAUAUGAGGGGAAGGGGGAGGUACGAGACUAUGUGGAAAAACCCUUAAAACUGGUUCUAAAAGUGGGCACUGGAGAGGUAAAGGAACUAUCCACAGCUUGUGCUACUACUCUGCCUCAAAGUUUCCAUGAUGAGAAAUCUGAUCAUGAUAAACACAAGCAUAAAGACAAGAAAAAGAAAAAAAAGAAAGGAGAGAAAGUUGAAUCUCAAAAUGAGGAAAAGAAGAAGAAAAAGGAUGAGAAGAAGAAAAAAGAUAAAAAGCAUGGAAGUGCUGCUGAUAAAGAUCAUAAGAACCACUCUCCCCUGACACCAGAUCUACCAGCAGUAUGUGUUCCAGAAAACUCUCUGUUAAAACCAGAAGAAGAACAGACUCCACUUCAAGAAGCAUUGAAUCAGUUAGUGAGGCAGCUCCAGAGAAAGGAUUCCAGUGCCUUCUUUUCCUUCCCUGUCACAGACUUUAUUGCUCCUGGUUAUUCCAUGAUUAUUAAAAAUCCAAUGGAUUUCAGCACGAUGAAAGAGAAGAUAAGGAAUAAUGAAUAUGAAUCAAUAGAAGAACUAAAGGAGAACUUCAAGCUAAUAUGUCACAAUGCUAUGAUUUAUAACAAGCCUGGUACAAUUUAUCACAAGGCUGCCAAGAAGCUUCUAAACUCCGGCAUGAAAAUUCUCAGCCAGGAAAGAAUUCAGAGUCUUAAACAGAGCAUUGAAUUCAUGGCUGAUCUUCACUGCGAUGGCAAGGAUAAAGAAAAAGGUGAUGCACAAGGUAAUGGGGAUAGGACAGAAGAUCAAAUGAAAGACGAAUCGAUGGAUACAUCUGAUGUUACAGCUUUCAAAAGCCCAAUCAAGGACUUAAAACGAAAAGAUAAAGACCAGCUGGAUGAUAAACAAAAACUUACAGAAGCUGCAGCAGAAAAGGAACAGGAACUGAUUGAGCAGAUAAUUAAGGAAUCACUGGGCAAGUUAACAAAGAGAGUCAUAAACAGCCAGGUAGAAUUUGAUAGAAGGAAGCCUGAUGGGACUACAACACUUGCUUUGCUUAAUCCUGUGGAUGCAUUUAUUGGAGAUUCUGGACAAGGCUCUCUUGCAUCCACAGCAGGUCGUCUGCAAUCAGGAGUUAAUUCACUGCAAGGAUUCAAAGAAGAUAAGCGUAACAAGGUAACUCCAGUCUUAUACUUGAAUUAUGGACCAUUUUCCUCCUAUGCACCAUGUUAUGAUUCAACGUUUGCAAACAUAAGCAAGGACGAUUCGGAUUUAAUCUACUCUACAUACGGAGAAGAGUCGAGUCUUCAAGGUUCUUGCAGCAUCCAGGCGUUCUUGGAGAAUACACUGGAUCGACCAUAUGGGAUGGCCGAGUCUAUCCUUGACGCCUUUACAAAUGGAGAAUAUUCAAGAGUGCAGAGAGAUCAGGACAUGGUGACAGCAGCCACCAGGGAUUGUCCAGCUGUGACGGAUUGUAGCAGUGCCUCUGACCAGUUUGCCUAUUUAAAAUCUGUAUUUGGACCAGGUUUUUUUGAGGACCACUUUGAUUCAGUGGAAGCAAAAUCUUUCCAGAAGAAGCUUGAUGAAACCACUAAGCUCAUUUGGGAGCUGCAGGAAGUUCAGAAUGAACGAUUGAGCAGUAAACCUCCCCAGAACAUGAUCUGUCUUCUUGCCCCAUCUUCCAAGGAAACACAGCUAGCUGAAAGUGUAAAUGAGAAUUUGAGACAACUAGCACGGCAAGUGCAACCUGGAGAUAUUGUCAGUAUUGCAGGUAUCCGGAAAGCUAUGGGUAUUUCUGACAUUUUGCUGAGAACAGAAGAGGCAGUGGUGGAUUUAACAGACAAACCUACCACUGAAGCCUUUACCGAAAAUGGAACAGAAUGUCAGCCAGUUGGAACGUAAAUCCACUUAAUGUUUUGUAAAUUAAUGUAAACCAAAUGUUUUAAUGCUAUUAAACCUGAAUCUUGUGUUUUUUCACAAAA